AUGGAUAUGGAGGAGUCGUCGAGUAAGUUUUGUAAUACACUACUCUAGGCGUUUCAAAAUAUUUCUUUUAUAGGCUGUGGAACGCAGCCGCUAUUUUUGCAGCUGCCCGAAAUAUAUUAUUUCUUUGUUAAACUUAAAUCGUUUAUAUUGCCAAUAAUCCCAAUAUAGAAUUAACAAUCGGUUGAAUCUUCAUCAUAGUUGUGAUAUCUGUUGUGUGCAUGUGUUUUUUCUAAUUUGGCAAAAACAUUUCCUGAUUUCCUUUCUGUGUGACGUUGGUGUUUAAUGUACUCAGCUGAAUAUGAUAUUUGUGAUGUUAUAAUUGCCAACGCUCGUUUUUGUCUGACCUUAAUAUUAUUUAUCCUAAAACUGUUGUAUCAUUAUCUACUGCAGAUUCAGAGUUGCUGGAUGAAAUUGUGGCUGCAAUGCCAUCAAAUGAUUACAUUGGGUUGAUGGGAUUAGAUGAUGACAAUAAGGACAUUUUGGAAUGUAUGUACAUUUCCAAUAACUUGAUAGGAGUGAAGUAUUCUUAGCACUAGCAUAUUUGUCAUGUCAAAAAUUCUUGUUUUUAUUGUAGCUUCAGAAUCAAAAGCUGCGAAUGCAUCAUGCACACAGGAUGUUUCCAAAUGUAUGUGCUGUAUAAUACAUUACAUGUAUUUUUCAGAAUUAGUUUCAUUAUGUCAUGUUGGAUGUUCAGAUGAACAUUCUCAGAAUUUUAUUUGUUUAUUUGUGUAAAUUCUAAUGCAUUAUUUAUAUGCCCGGUUUAAAAUGCAACAAAGUUCAACACAAGUUUAGAUGCUGUCACCACUUCUUGUGUGUUGAACAUAAUGGAUAAAUUGUUUUUAACAUAAUAUAAUUAUCUUGCAUUAACCCAUUAUAUUUGUCAUAUCAAAAAUUCUUGUUUUUAUUGUAGCUUCAGAAUCAAAAGCUGCGAAUGCAUCAUGCACACAGGAUGUUUCCAAAUGUAUGUACUGUAUAAUACAUUACAUGUAUUUUUCAGAAUUAGUUUCAUUAUGUCAUGUUGGAUGUUCAGAUGAACAUUCUCAGAAUUUUAUUUGUUUAUUUGUGUAAAUUCUAAUGCAUUAUUUAUAUGCCCGGUUUAAAAUGCAACAAAGUUCAACACAAGUUUAGAUGCUGUCACCACUUCUUGUGUGUUGAACAUAAUGGAUAAAUUGUUUUUAACAUAAUAUAAUUAUCUUGCAUUAACCCAUUAAGUGGAAACAUUUUGCGCUUGGCAAGUAAAACUGUCUGGCGUUAGACAAAGUAAGGUGCAUUGAGGGUGUAUUGCCACUAGAGCUGCUCCCAUCAGUUAAUUUUCGUACAGUAAUCAAUUAGUUAUUGUUGACAAUCAAUUAAUAUUGAUUAAUCGUAUUGAUAAUCAAUUUAAAUAUGACAAGCCCAUUGUGGUUUGACUGGUUUGUAAAUUGUAAUUAAACUUUACUAAAUUCACGAGACUCACACUCUUAUGGAUAAUUGGUUUAUGUCCGCAUGCUGCAAUGUUGGACACAAAUGGUAAUAAAUUCUUCUAAUAAAAAAACUUUAAAGAUAUUUUGCAGCACUGGUAACCAGAUCAGACUAUGGUAAUUUAACUUUGCACGCUGUGAGUGACAUUGACCCACAAUGUUUUGAAACAAUUUGUCAUUUACAGUUGAUUUCACAUAACUUUUCCGUGAAUGUUGUGAACUUUGUUCGCAACUUCGUUGUGAAGUUCAAAAGUUCAUACUGAAAUUCACAAGCCGGUUUGUAAACAAAGCUCCUGAUUGGUUCCUGAACAAAAAUAAGCCAAUCAGAGGCUUUGUUUACAAACCGGCUUGUGAAUUUCAGUAUGAACUUUUGAACUUCACAACAAAGUUCCGAACGAAGUUUGCAACAUUCACGGAAAAGUUAUGUGAAAUCAACUGUAAUAUUUCAAUCACAAUCUUGUUGCAAUUUUUUAAUCCGGAAAGAAAUUAACUCAUUCACGCAUCACGCUAUGUGGUGUUUAUAUAGAAGAUCCAAUUACUGUUAAGCGUAAUUGAUUGUGGAAAAAUAAUCGAUUGAUCGAUUAUAGCCAGGCAAUUCAGGGGGAAAACUCAGCUGGAGCCGGGGUAUCUGACUAAAGUUGUCCAAGUCUUAAUUGCAUAAAAUGUGUAGUAGUUUCCAUAUUUUAUAUCAUGUUUGAUACUCUCUCAUUGUGUUAAACUAGCUAUAUGCACUUUAAGCCAUUAAUUGGCAGUACCCCUCUUGACGGCUAGAAUCACCUGGCAUUAGACUAAGUAAAAUAAUAAAGUAGGGAGCAUCACAGCACAAGCCAUAUAAAGAGUUAAUAUACUUUCAAUUAUUUAUUCUAGCAUUUAUAGAUUGUUUGUCAGAGCCAAAGUCAUUGUCUCAAAGUGAAGAGCAUUCUUCUCAAUCAGAAGAAUUUCUUGAAGAAUUAAAAAGAAGAGAAAAAGAAGGUAUUGUACAAUACCAUACAUUACAAUUUACAUAUUAAAGUGUUGAAAACAAAUGAUUGGGCAAAUUGAGGAGAGGAACCUGAAAGCUAGUACACAAUACCAUACAUUACAAUUUACAUAUUAAAGUGUUGAAAACAAAUGAUUGGGCAAAUUGAGGAGAGGAACCUGAAAGCUAGUACACAAUACCAUACAUUACAAUUUACAUAUUAAAGUGUUGAAAACAAAUGAUUGGGCAAAUUGAGGAGAGGAACCUGAAAGCUAGUACACAAUACCAUACAUUACAAUUUACAUAUUAAAGUGUUGAAAACAAAUGAUUGGGCAAAUUGAGGAGAGGAACCUGAAAGCUAGUACACAAUACCAUACAUUACAAUUUACAUAUUAAAGUGUUGAAAACAAAUGAUUGGGCAAAUUGAGGAGAGGAACCUGAAAGCUAGUACACAAUACCAUACAUUACAAUUUACAUAUUAAAGUGUUGAAAACAAAUGAUUGGGCAAAUUGAGGAGAGGAACCUGAAAGCUAGUUUGUUGGCAUGACAACAAUUAUAUGCACUUACUAAUUGAACCGAAUUUCAUUUUAACCCCCCCCCCCUAACCAGAUACCGCUUGUCUUUGUUAUAAAUGUACCGGAAAAGUAAAACAGCAAUUGCAUUCAAAUAAAAUUUAUCGUGUUGCGAAAGGGCUAACUUAAAUUUUGAUAUAUUAGAAAGGCAGUUGCAUGCGAUAUACCCUUUAAGUGGCUGGUGGCAUAGCCAGCCCGACAAUUUAGUCCCGCUAUGCAAAUUCAAAAUUAUUGUCUUUACAGUAUAUGCCAUUAAAUGGUCUAUUAAAUAAUAUCUGAAUCUGAGGGUUUUCUAUAACAUUUUAGUUGUGGUAAAACAUUACCACAAAUCUACAACAAAUUUGCUUCAACUAUUAAUAAUAUUUGAUCUACUGAAAAAGCUAGCUUGUCCAAUAGCUAUGUGAAAAAUACAUUAUCUAGCAAUAGAAACUAUAGUAUGCACUCCAAGAAUCAUUGGACUGUUUGUCAAUGUGAGACGUUCUGUAUGUUCACAAACAAAGGACUUUGUCUUAAGUUUCCUCGUGAUACUCAAUUUUUUCUCCCUAAAAUGUUUGUUUGACUUUUCCUGCAUUUCUUUAUGAAUUUAUGGACUUUCAAGGCUUGAAAUAUUUUUAGAUCUUGUCUAACUUGUAGAAUUUGGAUAAAUCUCCAUUAUGUGAACAUUCUUUUACAAAAAUGUUUGUUUGACUUUUCCUGCAUUUCUUUAUGAAUUUAUGGACUUUCAAGGCUUGAAAUAUUUUUAGAUCUUGUCUAACUUGUAGAAUUUGGAUAAAUCUCCAUUAUGUGAACAUUCUUUUACAAAAAUGUUUGUUUGACUUUUCCUGCAUUUCUUUAUGAAUUUAUGGACUUUCAAGGCUUGAAAUAUUUUUAGAUCUUGUCUAACUUGUAGAAUUUGGAUAAAUCUCCAUUAUGUGAACAUUCUUUUACAAAAAUGUUUGUUUGACUUUUCCUGCAUUUCUUUAUGAAUUUAUGGACUUUCAAGGCUUGAAAUAUUUUUAGAUCUUGUCUAACUUGUAGAAUUUGGAUAAAUCUCCAUUAUGUGAACAUUCUUUUACAAAAAUGUUUGUUUGACUUUUCCUGCAUUUCUUUAUGAAUUUAUGGACUUUCAAGGCUUGAAAUAUUUUUAGAUCUUGUCUAACUUGUAGAAUUUGGAUAAAUCUCCAUUAUGUGAACAUUCUUUUACAAAAAUGUUUGUUUGACUUUUCCUGCAUUUCUUUAUGAAUUUAUGGACUUUCAAGGCUUGAAAUAUUUUUAGAUCUUGUCUAACUUGUAGAAUUUGGAUAAAUCUCCAUUAUGUGAACAUUCUUUUACAAAAAUGUUUGUUUGACUUUUCCUGCAUUUCUUUAUGAAUUUAUGGACUUUCAAGGCUUGAAAUAUUUUUAGAUCUUGUCUAACUUGUAGAAUUUGGAUAAAUCUCCAUUAUGUGAACAUUCUUUUACAGGAGAACCUAUUAUUGGCUACCUGCACAACCUUUCACCAAUGAAAGUUAGUGCAAAUGAGAAUAACUACUUUGAUGUGAGUGUGCACAUGAAGGAGAAAACCAUCCGUGCUGUUUGUUUUUCGCCUGAGAAAAUGAAACCAAUGAAAGCAAAUUGGGAAGCAUCAUCCCCUGUCAAAAUAUCUCAGUUCAGCAUUAAACGAAAUCGUUUCACACACGAUGAUGAAAUGCACAUCAACAAAAGAACAAAGUUGUCAGAAGCUGAUGUAAGUGAGGCGGAUUUCAAUUUUGUUGAAGAGAAAGUUGAUGAAGUACCAUUUUCCACUGUUUCCGAUCUUGUUGGCAAGGAUUCAACGGGACAAGUGAACAUUGUUGGUAGAGUGAGGCUUCAAGGUGUUCCAGAGACAAUUAAAUCCAAUGGGAAAACCUUGAUCAAGCAAGAUGGUGUUUUGACAGAUGAGAGUGGCUCCAUUAGAAUUGUAUUCUGGCAAUCAGAUAUACAAAAAAUUGAGUCUGGUUCAUCGUAUGAAUUCAAGAAGGCUAUUCUGAAGAAUUACGAUGGUCGCAAUUAUACAACAAUAAAUAGGCAGACCAUUCUGCUGUCUUCAGAUGUUGAAGUAACCAGAGAUGAUGACCAAAAGGUGGAAAACGUCAGUCAACUGUCCCUUCCAGCAGAUGCUGUUGAAAAGGUGACAUCAUACCUUUGUUGCAAUAAAUGCAAUUCAAGCUUGCUGCAUAAUGACAACCAAAAAGUCAUCAAGUGUUCCAACUGUAAUUCUGCCCAGUUGAAAUCGAAGUCCAAAAAGCUUGUGGUUGCAAAAGUAUUACUUAUGAAAGAUGAAGAAAAAGUCAGCCUCACCAUAUUUGAUGAGAAACUACGCGAGUUAUAUUGCAUAUACAAAAGCCAAGAGAAUGCCUGUGCAAAACCUUAUUGUCAGCUUGGUGAUGAUGAAAUAGCAGAGUUUCUAUUAAUUGUUGAAGCUGUAGUAUGCUACAAUAGGAGACUAAAUGUACUAGCUAUCAAUGGUUGA